AUUUUCUGACCCUAGCAAGAUUUGCGCUGAGUAUGUUUCUACCAGGGUCACGCUAGCAGUGCGCCCUUCAAGAUCCAGAUCCAAAACCCACCCUCUGGCCUUCGGCCCGGAAAGGGGGCGGGUGGGGAGCGCGAGCCUUAUCUCCCGGGCUCCGCCUCCAGGGGGCUGACAGCGACUCUCCGAGCCGCAGCUCGGCACUGGCCGCCGCAGGGAGACGGGACUCUAGGCGGAGGGCUGCCAACCCGCGUCAGCCCAGGUUUUGCCCGGGUUGGGCUGGUCACUACCUGGGACACCCCUGUUCCCGUGGCGCAACACCCAGCUGGCUGCGACAGUAACCCCGAGCCUGCAUGCCGCACCGGGAAUCUUAAAACUAAAGCAUUAGGACAAAAACAGAAACAUGGCUCACCAUAUUACAUUUCUUUGCAUAGUUUUGGUCCUGCUUCUCCAGAAUUCUGUGUUAGCUGAAGACGGGGAAAUAAGAUCAAGUUGUCGUACUGCUCCAACAGAUUUAGUUUUCAUCUUAGAUGGCUCUUAUAGUGUUGGCCCAGAAAACUUUGAAAUAGUAAAAAAGUGGCUUGUCAAUAUCACAAAAAACUUUGACAUAGGACCGAAGUUUAUUCAAGUUGGAGUGGUCCAGUAUAGUGACUACCCUGUGCUGGAGAUUCCCCUGGGCAGCUAUGAUUCAGGAGAGCCUCUGACAGCAGCAAUGGAAUCCAUACACUACUUAGGAGGAAACACAAGGACUGGGAAGGCCAUUCAGUUUGCACUCGAUUACCUUUUUGCCAAAUCCUCACGAUUUCUGACUAAGAUAGCAGUGGUGCUUACGGAUGGAAAAUCCCAAGAUGAAGUCAAGGAUGCAGCAGAAGCAGCAAGAGACAGUAAGAUAACCUUAUUUGCCAUUGGUGUUGGUUCAGAAACAGAGGAUGCAGAACUUAGAGCUAUUGCCAAUAAGCCCUCAUCUACUUACGUGUUUUAUGUGGAAGACUAUAUUGCAAUAUCCAAAAUAAGGGAAGUGAUGAAGCAGAAACUUUGUGAAGAAUCUGUCUGUCCAACACGAAUUCCAGUGGCAGCUCGCGAUGAGAAGGGAUUUGAUAUUCUUUUAGGUUUGGGUGUAAAGAAAAAGGUUAAGAAAAGAAUCCAGCUUUCACUAACAAAGAUAAAAGGAUAUGAAGUAACAUCAAAAGUUGAUUUAUCAGAAUCCACAAGCAAUGUUUUCCCAGAAGGUCUUCCUCCAUCAUAUGUAUUUGUCUCCACUCAGAGAUUUAAGGUCAAGAAAAUGUGGGAUCUAUGGAGAAUAUUAACCAUUGAUGGAAGGCCACAGAUAGCAGUUACCUUAAAUGGUGUGGACAAAACCUUAUUAUUUACAACCACCAGCAUAAUUAAUGGGUCACAAGUGGUCACCUUUGCUGACCCUCAAGUUAAGACUUUAUUUGAUGAAGGCUGGCACCAAAUUCGUCUCUUAGUAACGGAGAAAGACGUAACUCUGUACAUUGAUGAUCAACAAAUUGAAAACAAGCCCUUACACCCAGUUUUAGGAAUCUUCAUCAAUGGGCAAACCCAAAUUGGAAAAUAUUCUGGGAAAGAAGAAACUGUUCAGUUUGAUGUCCAAAAGUUGCGAAUCUACUGUGACCCAGAACAGAACAACCGAGAGACUGCAUGUGAGAUUCCUGGAUUUAAUGGAGAGUGCCUUAAUGGUCCCAGUGAUGUAGGUUCAACUCCGGCUCCCUGUAUUUGUCCUCCAGGAAAACCAGGGCUACAAGGCCCCAAAGGUGACCCUGGACUGCCUGGGAACCCUGGCUACCCUGGACAACCUGGUCAAGAUGGUAAGCCUGGAUAUCAGGGAAUUGCAGGAUCACCAGGUGUUCCAGGAUCUCCGGGAAUACAAGGAGCUCAAGGACUGCCAGGUUACAAAGGAGAACCAGGGAGAGACGGUGAAAAGGGUGAUCGUGGACUUCCUGGUUUUCCUGGGCUUCAUGGGAUACCAGGAUCGAAGGGUGAAAUGGGCCCCAAAGGAGAUAAAGGAUCACCUGGAUUUUAUGGCAAAAAGGGUGCAAAAGGUGAAAAGGGGAAUGCUGGCUUCCCUGGCCUUCCUGGACGUGCUGGAGAACCAGGAAGACAUGGAAAAGAUGGAUUAAUGGGUAGUCCUGGUUUCAAGGGAGAAGCAGGAUCACCUGGUGCUCCGGGGCAGGAUGGACCUCGGGGAGAGCCUGGAAUCCCAGGAUUUCCUGGAAACCAAGGAUUAAUGGGCCAAAAGGGAGAAAUUGGGCCUCCAGGACCACUAGGCAAAAAAGGAGCUCCAGGAAUGCCUGGUUUGAUGGGAAGAAAUGGCUCACCAGGUCAGCCUGGAACACCAGGAUCUAAGGGGAACAAAGGUGAACCUGGACUUCAAGGGAUGCCUGGGGCUUCUGGGCUCAAGGGAGAACCAGGAGCAAUAGGUCCCCCAGGAGAACCAGGAUACAUGGGUUUACCUGGCAUUGAAGGAAAAAAGGGGGACAAAGGAAACGAAGGUGAAAAAGGUGUUCAGGGUCAAAAGGGAGAAAAUGGAAGACAAGGAAUACCGGGGCAACAGGGAAUUCAAGGCCAUCACGGUGUCAAAGGAGAGAGAGGUGAAAAGGGAGAACCUGGUGUCAGAGGUGCCAUUGGACCAAAAGGAGAAUCUGGGGUGGAUGGCCUGAUGGGGCCUUCGGGUCCCAAGGGGCAACCUGGGGAAACAGGUCCUCAGGGACCUCCUGGUUUGGAUGGGAAGCCCGGAAGAGAAUUUUCAGAACAAUUUAUUCGACAAGUUUGCACUGAUGUAUUAAGAGCCCAGCUACCAGUCUUACUUCAGAGUGGAAGAAUUCAGAACUGUGAUCAUUGCCAGUCCCAACAUGGUUCCCCUGGUAUUCCUGGGCCACCUGGUCCCAUAGGCCCAGAAGGUCCCCGAGGAUUUCCUGGUUUGCCAGGAAGAGACGGUGUUCCUGGAUUAAUGGGUGUCCCUGGACGCCCAGGGCCCAAAGGAUUAAAAGGCCUGCCAGGAAGAAAUGGGGCAAAGGGCAGCCAAGGGUUUGGAUAUCCUGGAGAACAAGGUCCUCCUGGCCCCCCAGGUCCAGAGGGCCCUCCUGGAAUAAGCAAAGAAGGUCCCCCGGGAGACCCAGGUGUCCCUGGCAAAGAUGGAGAUCAUGGAAAACCUGGAAUCCAAGGGCAACCAGGCCCCCCUGGCAUCUGUGACCCAUCCCUAUGUUUUAGUGUAAUUGUUGGGAGAGAUCCAUUUAGAAAAGGACCAAACUAUUAGUGUCUGAUGCCUCAUUCAGCAACCUAGGCAUGGUGCUUUUCUUUUGUGGUCUUUUGCAUCUCAGGAAGAUAACCAACAGUAAUCCCUUGAAAAGAAACUAAAGUACCUCGGUGUUUUUAUUGUUCUUUUUCCUUAUGGAAAAAUAUAUACAAGGUCACAUAUACUGAUUUCAAAGGCUCCUCAGUCAUUUGGAGUCCUUAGAUUAGUAGCAUUAAUUAAAUCUCAAGGGUUUCUUGUAAAGUCCAUUUGUUCUAAUCAAAGUUAAAUAUGAAAAUCCACCAUUGCCUGCUCGCCAGUCGAUUUUAGUUACUGUGAAGCAGUUCACAUUCAGCCUCCAUGCAGUAGCGAUUUGAGUUCAAUUUCAUGUUUGUGUGAAUUUCGUGUUUCCUGUCGCACAGCUCAUGCAUGUACAUUACCCAAAACGUAUAUUUGGUCGUUGGAAAUAAGAUCAGGGCUGAUAUUCAGCUGGGAUAGACCGUAUUGCCGUAUUUGUCAUUUACUCCAGUGUCUGUGCCUAUUGGUAAGGGUCAGUGGACUGCUUGUUGUUCAGUGUUUGAAAUAUCACUAAUCAUAUAAGAUUAAUGUAUUUCUUCUUUCAUUUUUAGACUCUCAAAUCAGGUUAACGAUUAUGCUAAGAAAGAGUAUUAAUUACAUUGGGAAUGGUCGAAAUCAUGUAACAUUAAAAAUAUUUCAGAAAAAAUGUUUCAUUGUACAACAUAUUCAAAGAAAAUGUAAAUUCAGAAGUACCCAAAAGACUUUAUACUUGCUAAUUAAUUGGUAUCUUUGUUGUAUGCCCUCAUUUUUCUUUUCACUUAUUAUAUGUGUAUGUUCAUAUAUGUUAAUUUUCAUUGUAGCAAUGUUAAUGGGAAUAAAUGCCCUAGUUGAAAGGAAAGAUAACUACACAAAUCCUAGAAUGUAUUGAUAUUUUUAGCAGACUUUAAAAUAUUAUGAAUAGCCUUUGUGUAUUGUUCCUAAUGCUUUUGUAAGGAAUAGAAUUUGAGAUGCUUCAUUUUUGUCAUGCUUAAAAUUUUGUUGCAUGCUUGUUAUUCAGAGUACAAUAAAGUUUUGUACAGGACU